GACCGAACGAGAGAAGGAAAAGGAACAGAACUUGUCGGCCAUGAACGAGAGCGACGAGGGCCUGGCUUCCGGUGCAGAUCUACCUAGCUUCGAGGAUGAGGUAGCUGACGACGAUGUAGAGCCCAUGGACAAGCAAGAGGGCAGAAACCCGAGCGGGCGAAGCCCGGAACCAGCGCGACCACCACCACCAGGGCACACCUCGCCCGUUUCUCGCUUGCUGGGCAACAACAACCGGACCACCGGCAUGCCGCCGCCGCCGGCGGCGAUGGUCCCCAAGCCUUCCGCUACCGCUGCUGCUGCUGCUGCUGCUGCUGCUACUGCUGCUGCUGGCGGAAAAUCACCCUCUGGACCCCAGCCAAUCACCACCACCGUCAUCCGACCCUCGGCAGCAGCAGCAGCAGCAGCGGCGGCGGCAGGGGCGGCGCCACCACCUCAUCCCCAGGCCUCUAUUAGCAGCAGGCACAGCAGGAGGCGCAGCAGCAAGAGACCCAGGAGGAUUCUACUCUCGCCCGCGGAGCCCCUACCCCAGCCGAGGGCGCCGCGCGCUCCCGUCGUGAAGAGGAUCCCCUUCGCGGCGCCGCCGGUCGCGGGGGUCCCUCCCGGCAGGUCGAAACACCGCCGCCGGGACGACGACCCGCGGCGGCUGCUCGGCAACUACGGCGAGGCGUUUGCUGAAGUGGCCGAGGGCUGCGGCCUGGGGUCACCGUGCGGCGGCAGCAGCGGCUGCGGUGGCGAUGGCGGGGACUACUACGACGGCGGCGGCAGCGACGGCGCGGCCGGCUCUCCGGCAAGCCCUAUCGGGUUCGGGAACGCUCGGCAGGCUUCGGUCCCGAUGGAAGAGACGUAUUCGUACGCUUUUGAGGGGGUAGGAGGAGGAGGACGACGAGGAGGAGCGGGAGCCGGCAGGAGCACGAUGCGUUUGCAGAGAAUGGUGUCGAACGAUUCAAUAGCGUCUUGUGCUUACAAUGGCGGCGGCGGUAUGAUGCCACGCGGUAUGAUGCCACGCGCCGGCGGCGGUUACGGCAACGACAACGGCGGUGUGAUUGUGAUGCCGCGCGUGGCCGGCGGCGCCGGUGGCGGCGGCGCCGGUGGUGCCGUAACCGCUACCGCUGCCGCCGCGUCCGGGGCCACCACGGCAGCCCAAGGAGGAGACCUUCUCGCCUCGCCAGCGUCGCCGGCGCCUCACCUGGUGCUCCCUCGCGGUAGCAGCGGCAGCAACAGCGGCAGCAGCAGCGGUGGUGGUUUCAUCCUUGCUUCGGGCGCCUUCUCUACUACCGCUCUCGCGCAAGAGCCUGCAGCCGCGCACACAGCGACUGCUUGUGCUGCAGGGGGGGCGUCUGCGGGUCCUCCCGCUUUCCCGUCUCCGCGUGCCGCCUACCCGAUGAUGCCCGCGGUAACAAGCAACGUGGCGCCGCCGCCGCCCCCGACGCCGCCACCGGCAACACGCCCAGAGGUUGGAACUCCGGGCACCGCUACCGCUGCCGCCGCGGCGAGCGCGAAGCCGGGGCUGACGAUGGACCACGGGGGGGCCCAGGACCACCACCGGCACGGGCACGAGCGAUCGUUCUCGGCCGUCGUGGACGACUCCCUCGCAGCCCUGUCGGGCGCGUCGCCCCGCGGGAGCGGCUGCUCCACCGCCGACGUGUCGUUGGACUCUUCGCUGUCUCCUUCGUCGCCGUCGUCGCCGCCGCCGCCGCCGCCUCCUCCUCCGGCGUCCCCGCCCAAGGCACGGGCGGCGUCGGCGUCAGCGUCGGCGUCGGCGUCCGCGCGUUGCUACUCCCCCACGACCGCUGCAAGGGCAGCGGCAGCGGCAGCGGCGGCGGCGGCGAAGCUGCAGCCACCACCACCGCCCGCUGCUCGCUGCCUGGCGGAGGCACAGUACGGACAGAGAGGGAGGGAGGAGGAGAAGGUGGCGACGACGACGGGGUUGCUGAGAAGCGACGCCGACUCCCCCCUUGAGCCUCCUCUCGACCUCAACUUUCACAACAACAACAACGGCGGCGGCGGCAGCAGCAUCACCGACGACAGCGAUAAGAACGACAGCAGCGCCAAGGGCAACAACAUCCUGCCCCCUCCUCGCGCCAGCGGCGGGAGCGCGGGAGUCGGCGACGCAGACGCUGCCGGACCGAUCGCCUCGACCUUUAAUGACGGAGGCGUCGACCUGCCGCCGCCGCAAACGCCGCUGCCGUCUUCGAAGGCAAGGGCUAAGUCCGAGGUCAGGAUCGAGCACGACCACUUCGACGACGGAGGUUGUGACAGUCUUUCGGCACCGCCCCCACCACCGCCCGCCGCUGCCGCCCCCGCCUCCGGCGGCAAGAACAAGAAUAUGAAUGAGGUAAACGGCGGAGUCCGCGAAAAGAAUAACAGCAAGCACAGCGAAGCCCGCGGCAGCAGCAGCCGACCGCCCUCCGAUCUGUCGCUGCCCGAGGAGGGCGAGGGGGAGGAAGAGAGGGAGGAGGGGAGGAAACGGGAUGGCGACGCCGGUUACCACGGCCCGGGCCGCUCGUCCUCGUUGUAUCGAGGCGGCGGAAGAGGUGGAGGAAAGAGCCACGGCAGCAGCAUCAGCAGCAAUAACACCAAGGUAGGGCUGCCGCCGACCGCCUGGAAGGAGGCGGGUGCCCGCUCCGCCGCCGCCGCCGCCGCCGCCCGAGGUCACCGCCGUCUCGGUGAAGGCGGUGGUUCUUCUUCUCCCGCCUCCGCUUCCCCCGCUUCGGCCAGAAGAGGCGGCGGCGGGGCGUGGCAGGGUGAUAAUAAUAGCCCGGAGCGCCGCGAGGCGGCGGCCGCGAGGCGGCGAGCGGCGAGCAGGGAACGAGAGGAGGAGCACGAGCAGGCGCUGCGCAGGAACGGCAUUGACAAUCACACGAUACGGAAUUGCUCGUUGUUCCGGGAGAAGCUUGUCGCCGCGCUGAGGAAGAACGGGACUGAUCGCCCGAUGUCGUUCUCGGAUAUGAGGAGCUCCGUAGCCCGCCCAAAUGUUCGGUAUUCGCUCAGGGAGAUUUUCCAAAGGAGGCUAGUCAGAGGAGUGCGGUCGUACAUGAGGGACGGGGAGGUGUACUUCAAGCUGUGCGAGCAAGGCCUGGAGAACAUCGGCCGGACAGGUGGCCGCAACGGCGGCGAGGCUUCUAACGCGGUACGGGAAGCAGGAGGGGUGUGGGUCGACCGCUCUAUGGCCCACUACGGCCCAGGCGCAAGCCCUGCAGCUGCCGCUGCCGCUGCCACCACCGGCUCCCCUGCUCCCGGUCCCCGGAGUUCUCGUCCGGGCGACAGGGACCCGCAGCAGGGUCGCAAGCGGCGAGCUUAUUCCCCCUCCCCGCGACGCUCCCGCCGGGCAUACCGAGUUGGGAGCAGUCGUGGGAGGGAACGCGAGUCACCGGGCGACAAGAAGAGGAAGAGGAAGGACCCUGCAUCCAGGUCCAUGCGUGAGGACUCGCUGGGCCGCGAGCCGAGGAAGGCGAGCCGGGCAGAAGCCCAACCGCCGGCACCCUCGCCCAGGUUCAAGGACAGCAGGCCAGACCCCACCGGCCGCCGCCGCCACCGCCGCAGCAGGAGCGGGAGCGGGAGCGGGGACCGCGCUGGCACGGCCACGAACGCUUCGAGUCCGCCGCCUCGUGCUGGGAAGGAGGGCGGGGCCGGAGGCAACGCCGCUUCCUCCGGCCGCGCCGGAUUAGUGAAGAAGGCGGGCGGCAAGGUGGUGAAGAAGGCGAAGGGCGGCGGAAAGGGGGACGCGAAGUCGCCGGCGUCGCCGAAGCCGACCAAGACGGGCAAGAAGCAGAAGAGCCUGGCGAGCGCGGAUGCCCCCGGCAGUGCCUCCAAGCGCAGCGGCAGCACCGGCUGCGGCGGCGUAACCGACGGUGCUGACGGGGCGGGCCGGGGCGGUAAGCGGCGGAAAAGUUUGAGCGACGGCGGUGGUGGUGCCAGCAACGCGCCACAAGGUGGCGAGGGUGACGGCGGUGGCGAAAAAAGUUAUGACCGCGUGACCUCCCUUCUCAGGUCCAUCUCUCAGAGCUCGGCAGUGGCCAGGAACGUUGGCGGAACGUCGAUCACCGACUCUGGGGUGGCGGCAGCAGCAGCAUCAGCAUCAGCAUCACCGGCCAAAGCAGCACCAGCAGCAAAAGCAACGGCAGCAGCAACGGCAACACCAGCAGCAGGAGCAGCACCAGCAGCAACAGCAGCCAAAGCAGCAACAGCAGCAAACGGAGCUCCAGCAGUAUCACCAGCAGUAAAGGCAGCCGAAGCAGCUGCACCAGCACCAACAGCAACAAAAGCAGCACCAACAGAAAAAGCAGCACCAGCAGCCAAAGCAUCACCAGCAGCAACGGCAGCUCAAGCAUUACCAGCAGCCAAAGCAGCACCAGCAGCCAAAGCAGCACCAGCAGCCAAAGCAGCACCGGCAGCGAAGUCAGCACCGACAGCAAAGGCAGCCGCAGCACCAACAGCAGCACCAGCAGUAGCAAGAGCAGCACCACCAACAGCGAAAACAGCAGCACCAACAGCGCAAGCAGUAACAACGGCGACAACCGGCGCGGUAUCCGCCUCCGCGCCGCCGCCGUCAACCACGGCGACGCCCGAAAAGCCCGCCGCCGCCGCUCCGCACCCUUCAUCCUCCGAUAACAACAAAAACGCUGACGUUUCCGGGGCGAAGGCAGCAGGGGCGACGGGGCGGGGGAAGGUGACCUGCGUCCCGAGGAGCGUGGCCAUGCGCUCCCCCGCCGCCGGUAUCCGUGAGCCCGCCCCGCUGGCGGGUGCCGCAAAGAAGCCCAGUGGCGUGCGCGCGCCGCCUGCGGCUCCCGGCAGCAGCUCCGGUAAUGUCGCGGCGGGAGAGCGAGCCGACGCUACGCGGGCGGCGCCGAAGCCGAUGAACGUGGACGUGGGUAAGGUCGGGGGCGGGUGGUGGGGGGGAAGCGCAAAGAAGCCCGUCAGCCAGGUGGCCUAUUCGACCCCCGGCGCCGCAGUCGCAGCCGCCCGGCGCGAGACUCUGACGGCGAUGACGGCGGAGGCGGCAGUGCCCGCGCCAGCGGCGGCGGUAGCCACAGGCGUGUCGCCGCUGUCGUCGGGAGAGUUGUCGCAGCAGCGGCAUAGCAGCAGCAGUACCGGCGGUGGGAAGGCGGCGGCCGUCGCGGAGGAUAGCAAAGGCGGCGGCAGCAGCAGCAACGCGGCCGGGGGCUCCACCGAGACCCUCGGCAAGAACAAGAAGCCGGUAACGUCGCCGUCCUCGGCCAGUGUCACCGAGAAGGUAAGCAAGAUAACGCUCCCUGCCCGGUUCUCGCUGAAGGCGCCUUCGGCGUCGUCGCCAGCUGGUCCCGCCGACAAACCCAAGAGAGAAGGGGCCGCCGGGGCCGUUGUACGCGGCUGGCUGGAUGUCGCGCCGGCAGCAGCGCGGCGCGGCGAAUCUGUGAUGGCAGGAGGCGGCGGCGGCGCUGCUGCAGCGAAGAAGCCCGCGGCCCUGAGCCUGCAGGCGGCUGCUAACGUUCGCAAGCCGCGCCCGAGCAAGCCCGCCGUGCCUGUCGCGGCCAUCUUCGACAGGGAGGUCCCUGUUUCUCCGCGUUCUCGUGCGGCGACUCCACAGAGCGACCAGGCCGAUCCUCCUGCCGAUGGCAAGAUUAGUCCGCGUGUGCGCAGGACGAGAUGGGACAUGAAGCAGCCCGCCUCGUGAUCUACCAGUUUGCCGGCCCCCCAUCCCCACCCCACCCCUCCGUGGACUCGAAGUGUAUACGGUGUGAUGAUGGUCCACCUGGAGCUCUUGUGGUAUCCGCAGCAGCAGAGGAGAACGGGAGGGGGGGCAUGCAACGUUCGUUCUCCUACUAAUAUGGUUGCAGUCGUCGCACCGGGUUCGACGGAUCAAUGUCUGUAUCACAUGAGCGCUCGGGUUCAGAGGAUGCCGGGGUUCCUGUACCACUAUGGUAGUGAUCUUUUUUUAUGAUGUUCAAUGCGGCCAGCGGUCCCGUUGUUUUUUUUCUAUAUUUUGUUUCCUACUUUCGAUAUCAGCCUCUUGAUAAACAUACGUCGGGCAUACGGUAUCGAUGGCCUUAGGAAACGGCUGUGAUUAUGGCUUUUGCGGGAGACAGGGGAGAGAAUUAUUUUUUUUUGUUUCUGGCGCAAGUCUCGUUUUGUUUCGACUAGCAUACCCUACUUCAAGUACAGUGUUCUUUCACGCUUUAUCCCUCCACAUGCUAUGCACUAAUUUCUGGGCCG